UUAUCUUUCCUGUUUACGGCAUACACAUAAAAAUUCUUUAUAUCAUAUAGGAACCAUUUGUUCAGUACUCGAUACUCACCCGGACUGAAAUAUUGGUGCACAUUACACUACAAACAACACUGAAUGGCGAGCUAAACUGUCAAUGUGAGAGCACGUCAGGGGGCUCGUUUAAGUCCAUUGUGUUACUGGGAGUCUAAAUAAGCAGGAAGCCAUGCCGACCGUGAUUUUAAUGGACGUGUCUCUGUCCAUGACACGGCCAGUGUCACUGGAUGGCAUCGAAGAGUUCCAGAGGAAGAACCUGGCUGUCCACGGACUCAAUAUGUUGUUCGAACACAUGGCCUCAAACUACCGCCUGGAGUUCACGGCACUGAUGGCCUUCUCCUCUCUCUGGGAGCUCCUAGUGCCUUUCACCAGGGAUUAUAAUGCAUUGCAGGAAGCUCUCAGCAGCUUGGAAGACUAUGACAAGACCUGUGUUGAAUCAGCUCUUAAUGGAGUUAAUAACUUAGUUCAGCAGGAGUGGGGCAGUGCCUGUCCCUGUCAGUUGGUGCUGGUUACUGAUGGAUCUCUUGGUAUCGGAAAAGGUUCCCUACGUCACUCCCUUCAAACACUGAAGCAUCGCGGAGAUGACAAGAAGUUCCCACUCCCAUUCCCUUUCCCUACCAAACUGUUCAUCAUGUGUGUAGCCAAUGCAGAGGAGUUACAGAUGACGGAUGCCAUGGACAACUUGGAGGAGCUUCUUCGUCUCAGUGGAGGAGAUGGACAGAUCUUCACUAUGGAUGGACCACUUUGCAUGAAGAGCGUACAGGGCAUGUUUGGGAGAUUGAUUGAUUACGCCUACUCUCCUUUCCACGCGGUCCUACACUGUGGGAAUCUUUCCUCGGAUGUUCAAGUGUUUCCUCGACCUGAGCCUGUCGUCAUGGAUGAAGAGGUGGAGCCGAUGCCCCGAACAGUUAGUGCAGAUUUGGAAAUUGUGGGUUUCAUUGAAAUCGCUGACAUUUCCAGUCCUCCUGUCAUAUCCAGACAUUUGGUGCUACCUAUUGCUCCAAACAAAGAUGUGGAUGAAGUUGGCACAGGAGCCACAGAUGAGCUUGAAGAGGAACCUUCUGCCAGUCAAAUGGCAGGAAAAAGUCCUAAUUUUUGUGUACUUCUGCAUGGAAGUCUGAAAGUUGAGGGCAUGGUGGCGCUGGUCCAGCUGGGGCCAGAGUGGUACGGUAUGCUGUAUUCUCAAGCAGACAGCAAGAAGAAGUCAAACCUGAUGAUGUCUCUGUUUGAGCCUGGUCCAGAGCCUCUGCCUUGGCUGGGCAAGAUUUCAUAUUUGGGACCAAUUUCAGAGGCAGCUGAAAAUCCUUAUGGAGAGGAUGACAGUAAAAGUCCUUUCCCGCUGCAGCCACAGGUCAAACGAAGCUAUGCCCAGAAUGUCACUGUGUGGAUUAAGGCCAGCGGAUUACAGACUGAUGUCCAGAAAAUCCUGAGAAACGCAAGGAAAUUACCAGAUAAAACUCAGACCUUCUAUAAGGAGCUGAACCGUCUGCGGAAGGCUGCGUUGGCAUUCGGUUUCUGGGAGCUCCUGAAGGGAGUGGCUGACCUGCUGGAGAGAGAGUGCACCAUGCUGCCAGACUCGGCCCAUCCUGAUGCAGCUUUCCAGCUCUCCCACGCUGCACAGCAGCUCAAACUAGCCAGCACUGGAGACUCUCAGUAUGCUGCUUUUGAUCACAACAUUGUUCCCAUGCACACUGACUUCUCAAGCUGAGUUUGUACGAACAGACUGAAAUACUGCAGCCUCGGCCUGUGUGGACCAAUAUGUGAUGGAAUCUGGUGACUUCCAGAACUUAUUUGUGGAAAUGAGUCAGAUUAAUAACUGAAAAUGUUAGCGUGUACAUAUGUGGUUUUUUUUGUGUUUUUUUUUUUUUUUUUUUUUUUUUUUACAUUUUUCCUUGUAGGAUCUUUUUUGAAGAUUGACCAGAUUCAAAUUACAUUUUUAUUCUAUGUCAAACAAUUUCCACAUUUACAGGAAACAGCUGUUAAUGUUUGCAUUCAAAAUUCAAGUGAACUUGAAAACAAUAAAACAACAGAGUAAGAGGGAUACACAUGAAUAUUACCAAAACAGGGGUAUUGUUGAGCAUAAGAGACACAAAAUGCUUUCUGUAUUUAACCAGUCAGUUUCUCCCUGAGCUUUGUGGGACAGUUCAGAAAUCUGAAAUAAUAAGUAUUUGUUCAGUA